AGUCAUCCCGAUAAGCCAAAUAAGUAAGGCUAGGUAAGGGUUAAAUGACCAAUGUAAAUCUAGGUUAAAAUGAACAUUAACCUUUGGUCAAUAUAGGUCAGAAUUAAUGUUUGCGUUUGUUAAGAUAGAGUUCGUUCACUGGUGAGCUAUGGCGGGUAAUGGGCAGACGGGGGAUGCUAUGGCGGGUAAUGGGCAGACGGGGGAUGAAAAGUAUCCUAUGAGAAUAAAAGAAAGAGUAUUCAAAGGAAUAUUGAUGUGGCAAUGUGAAGCGGAGGAAUUCGAAACUAUGGAAACACGAGAAGACGAUAUUUGGAUAUGUACAUUUCCUAGGUCAGGUACGACAAUGACUCAAGAAUUAGUAUAUCUUAUACAAACGCUAGACUUUGAAAGAGCAGACAACACGGAACUCGAUACAAGAGUACUAUUCCUAGACUGCAAAGAUGACCGAUUUCCGUUUUAUAAAGGGAAAAAGGCAAUAGACGAGAUGAAAUCACCACGAUUAAUCAAGUCUCACCUCCACCAUUUUCUGUUACCGGAGCAAUUACAGAACGGCAAAGGAAGGAUUAUCUAUAUGUUUCGUAAUCCAAAGGAUGUGGUGAUUUCAUUAUUCAAACUAUUUGCAUGGACUCGCCAGCUAGAUGAAGGUGAAAAUAUGUUUGGAAGAUUCUUUGAUAGUUUUGUUGAAGGAACAGCGUACGCAUGUCCUUGGCCAAAACAUGUUCUGGGAUACUGGGAAAGAAAAGAUGAUGGGCACGUUUUACUUCUCAGAUACGAAGAUGUCAUCAAAGACAUGCCUGCAGCUAUCAGACGAAUUGCAAAAUUUCUUGGGCGUACACUAACAGAUGAAAAUGUCGCCAAUAUUGCUGAUCAUUGUAACAUUGUAAACAUGAGAAAUAAUGAUAAAGUAAAUUUGUCUUACUGGAAAAAUAUUGGCUACGUAAACUUUGAGGAAAAUGAAAGUCAGUUUAUAAACAAAGGUCAUCCUGGUACUUGGCACGAGAAACUUUCGCCAGAACAAGCUGCUAAGAUGGACAAGCUUAUUCGUGAAGUAGAGGACGCUGGACUACAGAUAGUACAAACAUAAACAUUUUCGUUGUGCAAUAAGUUACUUAAAGUUCAUGUUAGUGCCAUUUCUUGGUUUAUUUGUAUAGCGUUCGGACAAGAACAUUCGGACAUGAAGUUGAACUUUUUUUUUAAAAUGAAUACAAGACGACAAGGGUGCAUCAGUGUUGAAAAUACAGAUAAUACUAGUGCGUGCAAAUACAAACUAAUAGUAUAUAAUCUACUUAAUAAUUAUGGAUACUUUUUGAUUGUACAUAUAAGUAAAUAUAGUGAUGAGUACACAAACAUAUUUACUACAUAUUUGUAUCUGAAAUAAUUAUCAUACAUACGUUUAAUUAAUUGACGUUUGUUGUAAAUUAACUUCGUAAAUAAUUUCAAGAGAACUUAUGGGUCAACCUUAUUUGCAAGCCAGUAAUAUAUGAACAUUGAUGUUAUUAUCUAUUUAUAUUUGUAUAUAUUGGCAACAAAAUAUGUUUAAAUUGUUUGAGAGUAGCCUACAUGUGUAUUAAUAAUGUAAAAUUACGUCAUGUGAUGUAAUAAUCGUGCAUGGAAAAGUCGAGACGGAGAUAACAACUUUUUUGCUCAAUAAAAAGUUUACUAAAAGCUAGUAUAUCAAAAUCGGUCAUAUAAACAACUGAUGAAUCCAAUAAGUUUUGCUUAUUUCCAGAUUUGUAUAGGAAGAAAAUAAUUUAUUUUGAUAAACUACUUCAGAACAUGUCGAACUUUGAAAACAAACAGUACUUCAUUCAUUGAUCAGGGCAGUAACAUAUCUACAGAUCUGCU